AUGGUGCACGUCAAACGCGGCGCUGUACGCCUGUUGUGCCACUGCGCCACCACCUGCUCCGCUCUCACUGGGGCUUCCUUGGUCACAUCCUCCAGUGUCCCGUCAACCCCGGAGGAUGUGGCCAAGGAGGCCCUAGCGGCCUACAAGUCCAUGCUCCGGUACUUCAACUUUUCCGUCGCUGAGCCUUGGCCCGGCCGCCCCAUCACAUCGCUGCCACGCUUGCUCAAAGCUGACCUCAAGACUGUCCCCGACGAGCUCCAGCGCCUCACAUGCCUCGCCAACCUGCAGGCCCUCCGCUCAACCGCAGCAAACAAGAUCUGGUGGAAGGUGCUGACCGAGCAGAUCGUCGCCGAAUAUGCCCCACCAUCCCCCAGCACUCGGACGUCUACCGCUCAAAAGAUUCCUUUGCUAGCUGAUAAACGCGAAUAA